AUGACGCCUGCUGCUCCAUCACGUAAGCAGCCGCCGAGUAUCGAUGACAUCCUGAGGGCCAAGCGGGAGAAGGAAGCUGCCGCUGCGAAACCCAAAUUCAUUCCCAAGGCUGAGCGGGAACGGAUCGCGCUCGAAAAGCGCAAGAAAGAAGUAGAAGAGGCACAAAAGAGGAGAGACGCCAACAGCAACAGUAACGGCAACGGCAACGGCAACGACCGAGUAUGGAAACCUUCGCAGGAUGGCGCACCCAUACCGGUGGGCCCACGGGCGAUGCGAGACGCACCCACUGAGCCAUCGUCUAUGCGAGAUCGCAGACAUGGAGGUGACAUGGCGCCACCACCACUACCACCACUAUCCGAGAACCGAAAGAGCAAGCGACCGGCCGAGGACACGGAAGCCGCCAUGAUUCGGCAGCGAUACAUGGGCGCGGAGCAGAACCAGUCGACGUUUUCGGCCAAGAAGAAGCGCAAGAGGACAACGGAGAAGAAGUUUAACUUCGAGUGGAACGAGGAGGAAGACACAAGCCAUGACUACAACCCCAUCUAUCAGCAAAAGGCCGAAGCCAGCUUCUUUGGUCGGGGUAGGCUAGGUGGAUUCUCUGAAGAGGUCACGGAUAAGGCGAUACAGAGGAUGAUCGAGGCCAUUAUCGAGCGGGAUCCCGAGCACGGUCGAGAGAGGGCACAGCAAAUAAUAGAUAUGGAAAGGCGACGGAAAGAAAAGGGCGGCCGCGCGCAACUCGACAAGCACUGGAGCGAGAAGAGGCUGGAGAACAUGCGUGAACGCGAUUGGCGCAUCUUCAAAGAGGACUUCAACAUUGCUACCAAAGGAGGCUCAAUACCAAAUCCCAUGCGCAACUGGGACGAGGCGGGGCUGCCAGACAAGCUCAUGCGCAUUGUCGACCGAGUUGGGUACACGGAGCCCUCGCCUAUCCAACGUGCUGCUAUACCCAUUGCUCUGCAAUGCCGCGACCUCAUUGGCGUGGCCAGAACAGGUUCAGGUAAAACUGCCGCCUUUGUCCUGCCGCUGCUGGCCUACAUCAUGGAAUUACCUCCUCUGACGGCGGCCAAUCGCCACGACGGCCCUUAUGCCCUUAUCCUGGCUCCGACGCGUGAGUUGGCGCAGCAAAUCGAGGUGGAGACGCGCAAGUUUGCAGCGCCACUAGGCUUCAAUACUGCAGUCCUUGUUGGUGGUCAUUCGAUUGAGGAGCAAUCGUUCCAGAUGCGUGAUGGCGCUGAAAUCAUCAUUGCGACGCCCGGUCGUCUGGUAGACUGCAUUGAGCGUCGCGUGCUGGUCCUCAGCCAAUGCACCUACGUCAUCAUGGACGAGGCGGACAAGAUGAUUGACAUGGGUUUCGAAGAGCCAGUCAACAAGAUUCUCGAGGCGCUGCCCGUCAACAACGAGAAGCCCGACGACGAAAGUGCUGAAGAUGCUAGUGUCAUGAGGCGGGACAUGUACCGUCAGACGAUGAUGUACACGGCCACUAUGCCGCCGGCGCUAGAACGGAUUGCGAAGAAGUACCUGCGUCGUCCUGCUAUUGUGACGGUGGGCAAUCUGGGCGAGGCGACGGAAACGGUGGAGCAGCGGGCAGAGUUUAUCCAGGGAGAAGAGAAGCGGAAGAAGCGGCUACAGGAGAUUCUCACGUCUGGCGAGUUUGCACCACCGAUUAUUGUCUUUGUCAACAUCAAGCGCAACUGCGAUGCCAUUGCUCGUGACAUCAAGCACAUGGGAUUCUCGGCGGCGACGCUGCACGGGUCAAAGACGCAGGAACAGCGUGAAGCGGCGCUUGCGUCGCUCAAGUCCGGACAGACGAGUGUGCUGGUUGCGACUGAUUUGGCGGGCCGAGGUAUUGACAUCCAGGACGUAUCUCUGGUAGUCAACUUCAACAUGCCAAGCAGCAUUGAAAGCUACACACACCGCAUUGGUCGUACGGGUCGUCUGGGAGCGGACAAGCCUGGUGUUGCGAUUACCUUCUGGGGCAACGAGGACGCCGACGUGCUCUACGACCUGAAGCAGAUUCUCAUGAAGAGCCAGAUCAGCAAAGUGCCAGAAGAGCUGAGGAAACACGAGGCAGCGCAGCAAAAGGGCAAGAAGAGGGGCGAGAUUAUGGGCAAGAACAUUACCUAG